GUUACAUUAAAACCCAGAGAGAUACCUAUUGAUAUCCAUCUACGAUAGUUAUUAUUUAUGUUAUUUAUCCAUGUGAGAAAUAUUAAAUACAAUGAGUGCUACACUGUUAAACAAAAUCCCACGACUUGCGUAUUUAAGCAGAUUCAAAUGUCGAAAUGUUCGAUGUUAUAGUAAAGCAAAGGAAGAGGAUUUGGAAUUGCCUAAAAAUGUACUAAAAAAAUAUUUUAGUGCAAAUGAUCAAGUUGAAAAUGGUGUUAUAUAUGACUAUAAGCCAUUUAAAUACACUUGCAUAGCUGGUAAAAAAUAUUCUUGGUGUUUAUGUGGUAAAAGUCACUCACAACCAUUUUGUGAUGGCACCCAUAGAAACAUCUAUCUCAAAAUUAAGCAAAAACCUAUAAUCUUUAGUGUUGCAGAAACUAAGGAAUAUUGGCUAUGCAAUUGUAAACAAACAUCCAAUAGACCUUUCUGUGAUGGUACGCAUAACAAAGACGAAGUCCAAGAAAAGAAUCCUAGAAGAAAAGAAUCCUAG